AUGGAGAGGGAGAUUGAAGAACUGGAACGCGCAGUACUGGAAAACUGCCGUCUUCUUGAGGAGGUUGAAGGAGCCAAGCCCAAGAGAUUUCAGGAGAGACAUGCUGCAGAUGGGUACAGUACUGCAAGGCCACAGCGCCCUCUGGAGGCUGGUUGGACUCCUCCACACUACGCUUCAGAGGACCAGAGCACAGAGAGACCACAGCUUCCCCUGGAGGCUGAGGAUCAGCAAGAUUUACGGGCCCUGAUGAUCGGUCUCGAACGGCGCUUUGGAAAGCGCCUGCAUGCGGAAGAGAGCAGGGAGCAGCUGAGUGGCCUAUAUCGGAAGGAAGGGGAAAACUUGGGUCUUACCCCAGAAAGGCUACGUCAAUAUGUGCGUCUUGCUCGCCCUCGCUGCCUGAAUGAAGCUCUCCAGGAAGCUGAACGGGCGGAGAUAGUGCUCUCCACACGGCCAAACCUGGGAAGGGCCACAAAUAUGCUGCAGCGAGUUCGCCAAGUGGAUUAUGAAGAAGUCGGAGUUGAAGAAGUUUAUCAGCUCGAAACUGCCCUGCACCAUCCCCAAAAGCUAGGGAGCCACAGCCAACGGGAAACGAUCGGAGGGUGGAGUAGAGAGGAAGACCCCACCCCACUAUCUCGCUCGUACAGCCAGAAGUACUCCCUGUCGACCCUCACUCUUGGGCCUCUCACAGUUGAUCUCCAGCCUGAAAAGCGGACAAGAAAGAGGCAGAGAACCCGGAAAGUCAGUCCAAGGGGGGUGGUUCCAGCGGUGGCGGUCCAGAUCCAGGCGGUCCCAGCGGCGGCGGUCCAGGUGGUCCCAGCGGCGACGGUCCAGGCGAUCCCAGUGGCGGCGGUCCAGGUGGUCCCAGCGGCGGCCGUCCAGGCGGUUCCAGAAGCGGCUGUCCAGGCGGUCCCAGCGGGGGCGGUCCAGGCGGUCCCAGCAGCGGCAGUCCAGGUGGUCCAGGCAGUUGAGGUCCAGGCGGUCCCAGCGGCGGCGGUCCAGGUGGUCCCAGCGGUGACGGUCCAGGCGGUCCCAGAAGCGGCGGUCCAGGCGGUCCCAGCGGCGGCGGUCCGGGUGGUCCAGGCGGUCGAGGUCCAGGCAGUCGAGGCCCAGGCGGUCCUAGCGGCGGCAGUCCAGGCGGUCCCAGUGGCGACGGUCCAGGCGGUUCCAGAAGCGGCGGUCCAGGCGGUCCCAGCAGCGGCAGUCCAGGUGGCCCAGGCAGUCGAGGUCCAGGCGGUCCCAGCAGCAGCGGUCCAGGCGGUCCCAGCGGCGGCAGUCCAGGUGGCCCAGGCAGUCGAGGUCCAGGCGGUCCCAGCAGCAGCGGUCCAGGCGGUCCCAGCGGCGGCGGUCCAGGUGGUCCCAGCGGUGACGGUCCAGGCAGUCCAGGUCCAGGCGGUCCCAGCAGCGGUGGUCGAGGUCCAGGCGGUCGAUGUCCAGGCAGUCCCAGAACCGGCGGUCCCAGCGGCGGUGGUCCCAGAUGUGGCGGUCCCAGCAGUGGCGGUUCCAGCGGUGGUCCCAGCAGCGGUCCAGGCGGCAGAUCACCGCUCCCCAACACCGGCUGGCGCUUGCACAGCCAGUCCCCGUGCCAUACCACCCCCAUCCACGGAGACUGUGAAUGCUGUCAAAGAGCUGUGGCAGCGCAGUAGUGAGGGCCUAGAUCAGUGUCAAAAAGAGCAGUUGAGACAUCUCUUGGACAGGUAUGUGGACAUCUUUGCCGCUCGAGAUGAGGACUGUACACAAACUCGGCUUGUCCAGCACUCUAUUGACACUGGUUCGGCCCCCCCAAUACGCCUUAGGCCCCAUCGGCUCGCCCUUUCAAAGAGACAGUUAGCAGAGGACAUGAUCCACAAAAUGCUUGCGGCUGGAAUAAUAGAACCAUCCAGUAGUCCUUGGGCAGCUCCAGUAGUUAUUGUGCGCAAGAGAUUGGGUGGGUGGCGGUUCUGUGUGGAUUACCGCCGUCUCAACGCGGUGGAGCUCAGCCCCCAGGCCAGGGCAAAGACUGCAUUCACAUUCGGGCAAGGACUCUGGCAGUUUCGUGUAAUGCCAUUUGGCCUGUGCAAUGCGCCGGCCACGUUCGAGCGUCUCAUGGAGCGGGUGCUCGCCGACAUUCCUCGCAGCCAUUGUGUGGUGUACCUGGAUGACCUGCUGGUCCAUGCGAGUGAUUUCAGCAAAGCUUUGGGCCACCUGAGCGGCGUCUCCAGUGCUACAGUAGCUAAAAGCAGCCCUCACAGCCGCGUCCAUCACGUAGAUCUUCCCUAUGUGAUGGACACAGACGCUAGUGGCACCGGAAUUGGGGCUGUCCUUUCACAGCAGGGAGGUGAAGGAGAGCGAGUAGUGGGGUACUACAGUCGCGCUCUCAGUCGUGAGGAGAGGAACUACUGUGUCACACGCCGAGAGCUGUUGGCCGUAGUGAUGGCAGUACACCAUUUUCGCCCCUAUUUGCACGGCAACAAGUUCCUCCUGCGCACAGAUCAUGCCUCACUGACCUGGCUUUUAAGUUUCAAGCAGCCAGAGGGACAAGUAGCUCGUUGGCUGGAAGUUCUCCAAACUUACGAUUUUGACAUUCAACAUCACCCUGGACAACAACACAAUAAUGCGGAUGCCCUGUCACGACGCCCGUGUGUUAUAGCAGAGUGUCGUUACUGCGAGCGCCAGGAAGAGCGGGAUCGGGACAAGCCUAGGGUUUCCACUGCCACAAUUAACCCCCCUGAUGACCUGUCUUCAGAACAGCUGCAGCAACAGCAAGAGUCCGAUACCACCUUGGCCCUGAUCAGGAAGUGGCUGGAACUGCCCAGACGUCCUGAAUGGCCGGCAGUCUCCCCCCAUGGCACUGAUAUUAAGGCCUAUUACUCUCAGUGGGGAAACAUUGAGCUUCGUAACGGCUUGCUGUUCCGGAGGUGGCGGGCUCCAGGGCAGGGCAAAGACAUCUUACAGUUAUUAGUGCCCCGUUCACUUCAACCUCAGGUCCUUCAGAGUGUGCACGGUUCAAUCGGCUCAGGCCACUUUGGCAUCUCCAAGACCCUCCAUCGGCUUAGGGGACGUUUCUACUGGCCCGGCUGCCGACAGGACGUGGAAAUACAUGUGCAUUGCUGUGAUUUGUGCACUGCUCGGAAAGGUCCCACCCAGCGCUCACAUGCCCCCCUUCAGCAAUACCUGGUCGGGGCUCCAAUGGAACGAGUAGUCCAGGAGUCCAGUCAGUGCACCCCAGCUGCUCUCAUGUUCGGUCGAGAGCUCCGCACACCCGUGGAUCUGGUGUUCGGGAGCCCUCCGGAGCCAGAGAUUGCAGGAGGGCACGAGAUGGACUAUUUCCAAAGACUCAGAGAGCACCUGCGGGUGGUGCAUGACUAUACUCGCCAAGUUCAAGCCAGUUCCGGGGUACGUCAGAAGAGGGCCUAUGACAGUCACUGCCGCGGUCAGCCCUUCCAACCUGGGGACAAAGUCUUUGAAAAGCUCUGUGAACAAACACUGUUGGCUCUCAUGGCUCUCCCCUUCCACGCCCCGGCCGACCUGCCCCUGCCGCCUGGAGCGUGGGACGCCCUGCAGGUGCUUCUUGCUGACGACCAGGAGGACGCAGAGGCCGGCAUGGACGAUGACGCGGACUGGGAGGACUGGGAGGACUGGGACGCCUCCCCCUUGGACGUUUUCUGGGAUGAGAACAGUGACUGGGACGAUGCACUUGUCCCAGACGAUGAAGAGUACGACCAGGACACGAAGAGUGAGGAGGAAGACCAGGACACAGAGGGUGAAGAGGACAACCAGACUGUGCCGGAAUGGUCCCCUUCGUCUCCCAGUCCAGACCUCGUGCCCUCCCGUCCCCCUGUGAGCUUCCAGGACUUUGUGCCCCUAACAAGGGCCAGGCGCCACAGGGACGAAGAGGAGGAUGAAGAGGACAACCAGACUGUGCCGGAAUGGUCCACUUCGUCUCCCAGUCCAGACCUCGUGCCCUCCCGUCGCCCUGUGAGCUUCCAGGACUUUGAGCCCCUAACAAGGGCCAGGCGCCACAGGGACGAAGAGGAAGAGGAGGAGCCCAUCUCCAAGAGGCCACGCUUUUCCUACGACGAGGACAUCUUUGAGGAGCCCACCCUCUCCGACUCUGCUGGGACGUUGGAAGGCUUCACCCGAUACUUCCUCCAGCCCCACCUGCCCCAAGACUCCGACUCAGAGCAGGACUGA